AUUUAGAGAGAAUGAGGGUCGGCGAGAUUUGGGAGUAUUAGGGUUUUGCGGCUCUUUUAGAAAGAAAAGGUUAAAAGAGGAUAAGGAGAGUGAAAAAAACGCAGUCGACAAGAGCAGCACGAUGAAGCCGAAGACCAGUGUUCUACCGUUGGAUGAGUGUGAUGAAGUGUUGGACGAGUGGUACAAAGAGGUGUGUUACUGUGGUGGGAUAGUGGAAUAUUACCCGAUAGAGGGCAGUUACGUUUUACUCGACACCCCAAUGCAGAUUUGGGAUCAAAUCAAGAGCUUUCUUGAUGCUGAGAUGAAAAAUAUGAACGUGAAGAAGUGCCACUUCCCACUCACCUCAGAGGUGGACUCUUGGGCAGACGUUCUGAAGAAAUCAAUGUAUCCGUAUCUCAGAAAGUGGAUCAGGUUUCCCUCACACUUGCCUUUGAAGCUGAACCAAUGGUGCAAUGCUCCAAGGCAUAAGCUCAUCAACCCGACUCCGUUUCUCAGGUGCCGUGAAUUCAUGUGGCAAGAAGGACACGGUGCCUUUGCCACUAAGAAAGAGGCCUACGUUGAUCUCCUUAAAGUCUUGGAAAUGUAUCGCCGCCUCUACGAAGAAUUACUUGCUGUACCGGUUCUUCUAGGCCGGAAGAGCGAAAAUGAGAAGCAAGUUGGUGGACUAUACUCCACUUCUGCUCAGGUUUUCAUUCCCGAAACCGGCCAUGGUGUGGAAGGUGCUUCAGCCCACUGUUUGGGACAGACCUAUGCCAAGACUUUCAACAUCUUGUUCGAGGAUAAGAAUGGAGAGAAGGCAAUGGUGUGGCAGACAUCUUGGGACCUCAAUACCACUGCGAUUGGGCUGAUGCUUAUGAUUCAUGGAGAUGACAAAGGUUUGGUGCUCCCUCCUAGAGUUGCACCUGUUCAAGUUGUCGUGAUUCCAGAGAUCUGCCAAGGAGUUGAUGCCAAAAGAAUAUAUGAUGCUUGUGAGGAUAUUGCCUUGAUCUUGGAAAGAUCUAGCUUCUGUGUUGAAGUGGAGAAACGUCGGAACAUUCCUCUCUCUACCAGGCACACACUGUGGGAGCGGAAAGGAGUUCCACUGAGAAUUCAGAUUGGACCUGCACAGUUGGACAACAAUACGGCUGUCUUAGUUAGACGCGACGAUGGAUGUAAGAAAUCCGUCUCGAGAGACAGUUUGGCCGAUGAUGUCCAUGCCAUUCUGGAAGAUAUCCAAGGCAGCCUCUUCAAGAAGGCCAAAACGAAGAGGGAUUCUUGCGUGGAAGAGGUGGAGGAUUGGGCGCAGUUCCUCAAAGCGUUGAAGAAGAGACGUCUUGUUCUCGCUCCGUGGUGCGAUGAAGAGGGAGUCGAGAUGGACAUCAAGAGACGCUCAGAUGGAUUGGCAAAGCAUUUUGGGACGCCAUUCUCUCAGCCACCAAUGAGUCUAGGAACUCUUUGCUUUGCUUCUGGGAAGCUUGCAAAGAGUUGGUCCUACUGGACUUGGACUUCUUGCUGAAGAGGUUUGGAUGAAAGACUCAGGAGGUUUAGGUGUGGUUUAGGUGUUUCAUGCUCCUUUUUGGUUAUUUUUUUGGGGCUUGAAAGUUUAACUCUUUUUCACCAACUCUCAUUUUCUUAUUUAAAAGAAAAUACCAACAACUCU